AAAUUUCACAUCAGUUAAAGUUGGAUAAAAAAAUAAACAAAAAUAAAGGAGAAAAUGGGUUCCAUAUUUGUUGCUUUGACAACAUUAAUGUUGUUUUUCUUUUCGUCGUGUUCAUGUCAAGUAACUGUAUUUGAUAUAACCAAAAUGGGUGCCAAAGCAGAUGGACUAACAGAUAUUCAUUUAGUUUUAAUGGAUGCAUGGGAACAAGCUUGUAGAACAAGAGGAGCAGCUAAAGUGGUAAUUCCAGAAGGGAAAUAUUUAUUGGGUGUUAGAACAGAAUUUGCAGGUCCAUGUCAAGGAUCAAUGGAGUUCUCCGUUGCCGGAACAAUACAAGCACCGGAAAACAUGGCCGGAGAUACUUGGGUUAAAUUCCAAAGUGUAGAUCGAUUCACAAUGUCCGGUGGUGGAACUUUUGACGGUCAAGGCCAAAGAGCUUCGAACUGUACAAAAGGUUCUCAUUGCCCUGGAAUGGUUUAUAAUUUAAGGUUCAAUUACCUUACACGAGCAGUAAUUCAAGAUAUAACAUCCCUCAAUAGUAAAAAUUUCCACAUCAAUGUCUUGGGGUGCAAUGAUAUAACCUUACAUAGACUCAACAUUGUUGCACCGGCAACCAGUCUCAAUACAGACAGAAUUCACGUCGGAAAAUCCAAACUCGUAAGGAUUCUCGAUUCACAAAUCGCCACCGGCGAUGAUUGUAUCUCGAUUGGAGAUGGAAGCCAGGAUGUAAACAUCACAAGAGUUACAUGUGGUCCAGGCCACGGCAUAAGUAUCGGAAGUUUAGGGAGGUACCCGAACGAAGAACCGGUAUCGGAGAUCCACGUCACCAAUUGCACUCUAAGAAAUACCGACAACGGUGUUAGAAUUAAGUCUUGGCCUGGAUUGCAAAGUGGAACCGCCAAUGGUUUGUUCUUUGAAGAUAUUGCAAUGGACAAUGUUGCACACCCUAUUCUUAUUGAUCAAAAGUAUUGUCCGUACAAUAAAUGCAAUGGCAAGGCAGCAUCAAGGGUUAAAAUCAGUAACGUGAGAUUCAAGAAUAUACAUGGAACUUCAUCAACACCUAUAGCUGUCCAGCUUAUCUGUAGCAGCAGUCUGCCGUGCGAGAGAGUACAAUUAGGAGGAAUUACACUACGAUACACCGGCGGAGGAGAGGCUAAAUCGGAAUGCCAAUAUGUGCAGCCAAAAGUUAUCGGAGUAUUUAAUACCGUUGGAUGCCAAUAUUAAAUUGCAUUUUGAAACUGAAUUUUGAAAUUUUUUGUUGCUCUAUCUGUAAUUAAUUGUAUUUGGAUGACAACAAUUUUUUAAAUUCUGUUGAGGUGCAACCAUUUUUUUU